AUGUUCAAUCAGCAGAAGAACAUCAUCGCAAGUCUGAACCGUCCUGGAACUCCUAACAAGCUCAUAAUGAAAGUAAAUGGACGUUAUCUGUUAAUCAUCAAGUUGGAUGAGAGGAGGCUUAGCAGUUUGGCGUUCCUGAUUAAAGUCUCUGGUCAUUUUCGGGGGGAUGACACUUUAGAAAAAGAAAAAAGUGGUCGAAGAUAUACUGCCUCUAUUUCUUACCUUCGAGUUUUUCUUACGACUACACCCGAAAAUUAUAUUCUAUUCUAUCCGACGUUGGAUUUUCCAGUUUUUCGAUUGCAUUGCAUACAAUGCGAUAAGAAUGCUGCGUGGUACUCGGAAGAGGAACACGAACGCCUCCUCGAACUGUGUCAGCACGGCUUGGUGCCGCCGACUCCGUGCCGGAAUCACUCGCACACUCACUGCAUCGUCAGCUGGUAUCGGAGUGGAGGCAGUGGUGCCAGAUGUGACGGUGAUGUAGGAUUCACAUUAUUUUCAGAAAAGAUUGUGACUGAACGAAAGUGUGGUGGAGUGGACGACGUGACUGGAUGCACUUUGUACAACUCAAAAAUCAGUCGAAAGGUUAGUACUCUGCAAUCUGCAGUGAUCGACUACUAUUUGUAUUAG